AAAAGCACAAAAUGUGCUGGAGAGUAUAGCUGACAUCAAGUUCAUUUCCCCUGUGAACAUUCGCAAAGAGCUGUGCAACUAUCACCAGCCACUUCGGAGAACUGCUGUUGCAAUCAGAGGAUCUUUGAUUAAAAGUGAUCCUGACCAUCAAGACCUGAUUUGGACUUCAAUGCCAAUAAUAGCAAUGCCAGGUUACAGAUUCACACAGAGGUACCCGAAAAUGAUGAAAAAUGCAGGAGCUUUUGAACAACCUCCAACACACUAUGUAACCACGAACAUGAGAAACAUCUGUAUGUCUCCUUGUGAUACUGAGGAGUUAAUCAAAACCCGUGCUCAAGUGUUUCGGCGCUGUUAUACCUACCUACAAAGACACAAGUUUCAAAGCUCUCCAUUGGCUGACCUCCCUGUUGUGUUGGUUGAGAAAGACACAAAACUUGUGAAGGCUCAUGACACAUCUUUUGGACUUCUGAAUGACCUGGAGUUCAGGCCUUAUUUGUACAAAAUUCCUGCAAAGGAUGCAAUGUAUGUAGAGUUCUUCAGGGAAAUUGGUGUUCAAGAUGAGCCUACUGCUUUGCAGUAUUGUAAUGUUCUAACUGCAAUUUAUUUGGAUUCCAAUGACAAACUAACACUAAACGCAAACCAACAGAGGACUGUCAAGCGUGCUGUUGAGCAGUUGUUUAAAUUAAUCAAAACUCAGGGAAACCAGUCACCUUUUAAACCUGUGAAGACUUUGUAUCUUCCUUCAACAGAUGGUAGAUUAUACCCUUCUACUACACUGUAUUACAAUGACACAGUAUUUGAGGUGAAAAGAUUAGAGGAAGCACUGGAGGCCUUUGACAAUAAAUACCUGCUUCUUGAAAAACUCAGCGCAUGUAACUUGGGCAAAGAUAUCUAUGAGCAUCAUAGACUGAUGCAUUCACUGCCUCAGAAAAUUCAGCCCAAAAUGCUGUCAGAGUGUACUGCAGAGAAAGUGUUGGAGUCAUGCAUGGAGCGUUGUGACUAUGCACUUGACUGUGAAUUUAGUGGAUGGUUUGGAAAACAUCUAUCUUCACUACCCUUUAGACAUGGACUUAUCUGUCUUAUCAGAGAGCAGUCAGAGGGUGAAAUAACACAAGAAGAUGCUGCCAACAUGUGCCAGCAGACCUUUGGCAGUAUUCAGAUAGUCUGUUGCAAAAGCAUUGAAACAGAGCUUUGGGUUGAUGGUCAGCCGCUUCAUAAUACUACUGCUGAAACUGAGGUCUAUGUCAAACAGGGACAACAAGGUUGCAUCUUUUACUUAAAACACAAUGACAACAUCAUGACUCCUAAGGUGAUAAAUGAAGUUAACAUGAUGCUGACAAAAGUGAUUAAUGCUCUUUUAGGUAACAAAAUUGCCUCAAUUCACCUUCCAGUCCUUGGACAACUUCUCAUGUGUGACAGUCUUGAAGAAGUCAAAAGAACCCUGGCUAAGAAUAAAAUCCAUGACAGUGCUGAAACCGAGAGCUUUCUUCUCGAUCCACCAGUCCCUGGAACAGCUAUCCCCGAGGAGUGGCAUGAUUCCCUAGACAUGAAUGUCCUCAAUAACUUUGAAGAAGGGGAAUAUGUUGGUUACUACACAAAUGAGGAAUACAUUUAUGCAGUUUUUGUUGAGCAGUUGCCUGGGCCUUCUGGACAGUAUUCAAGCAGAUAUAAAAUACAGAUUGGGCAAGAUGAAACAGCUGAAGUCAGUUCUCUUGACCUGUAUCAGUUUAAACCAGAAAAGAUGCAGGAACAGGAGGAGAAAACUUGCACAUCUGCUGAAGCUACUUGCAUGGAGCUUGAACCACUUGUAGGUGCUGUGCCACAUACAUCCUCUACAAGCGCUUCCUCUGCAAGUGCUUCAUCUUCAAGAGCUUCUUCUACACAAGCUUCAUCUACAAGAUCCACACCAGCAUCUCUAGAAGAAGCCAAAAGGGAAAUUGACAAAUGUUUGGCAGAGAUCUGGACUCUUUCUGAGGAGGAGAGAAAAAAGGCCAUCAAGCGACUGUUCCUUAGAUGGCACCCUGACAAAAACCCAGACUACCAGCUGCUUGCCACUGAGGCAUUCAAGUACUUACAGAAUCGAAUUGAUGACCUUACAAAAGGUAAAACUACUGACAGUACAACCAACUCUUCUUAUCAAAGGUGGAACACAAAUUUCAGUCAUUUCUAUGAGCAGUGGAACCAGGAGGCCAGGCGCCACAGAUGUGGUAGGGAGAGAUUCUUUACAGGCCGCCGCCACCAUAGUUAUAAUUUUUGGACACAUUAUGAAAAUGUCCCUAGACCGGACAGAGAGGAGGCCCAGCGCUGGUGCAGACAGGCUUGCUGUGACCUCACUGCAGCCUACAAGGACACCGGUGGAGGGAGCACAGAGUGGUGUCUGUUCAAGGUGCAUCAAGCAGUGGAAAAGGCCCUGAUAGCUGCAGAGUACAGAAGAAAUGGAAAACACCCCACUAACUGCUCAAUCUCUUUCAUUGCUGCACGAGUUUCCCAAUACCACCCUCAGUUGAGUGCUGUGCCUAGAAUUGUGGAAAAUCUGAAGCUGCUGGGAGUGGAUGCCAAGAAGACGCAAUAUCCCAACUGUCAUCCACGUCCACAUAUCCCAAACGGACAGUUCAGCUCGGACAGCGAAAUGCAAGCACUGAAUAUGGCAUCAGAGCUUCUCAGUAAAGUAGAGGCAUAUGUAAAUUAAGAAGUCAAGAUUGCAAAUGAUAAUUCACGUUUUGCAUUGGCUGAGACAACAAAUGCGAUACUGUGAUAUGAAACAGAUCAAAAAACAAACAACAACAAAAAAAAACCCGUCACUGACUAAAACAACCAAUGUCAUUUAAUGAUUUUGUUCUGAACAUUUUUGCACGUUUAAUAUAUUUUAAAAUGUUAAGAUGGCUUUUCAUGGAUUGCUCUUCUCAUAGAGCCUACACAUUAGAAACUAUUUCAGAUUUUUGUUUGUGAAGGGGCUGUUCACACAUUUACCAGAUUCAGUUUUUGUUUUCAUGCUAACCUGAGCAAAAAUCACAUGUUUAUGGCUUUGUGAUGAUGCAAAUUUUAUGAAAGAAUCUGAUAUCAUUUUAUUCCUUAUCCUCAACAUGUGUACACAGUCAGUGAUGAGAUUUCCAGAUUUGUGCAACUUGCAUGACAGCAACACCAUUUUUCUCACACACAGUCUUGAGAAUGUAAGUCUGUCACAUUUUUUAAUUUAUGUUUUUGCUCAUCUAUAUUUUGUUGAAAUCUUCACUAUGAUCAGAUGCAAUUUUGUUUCCAUCCUUUUUUAUGAUUUUUAUUAUUUUUAUGAUGCUUAACUGGAAUUUUUACUUUUUUAUGUGGAAAUUUUUCUUUUUUGUAGCCUUUUCUUAAUCUUUGACAUUAAAACAGUGGAAUUAAUACAGGGGGGAAAUCCAUUCCUGUUUCCUAUUUUAUGUAACAGUGUCAAAAAUGGAUAUUUCUCUGUUGAAUAGUAAUUCUGUGGAACAGUUUAACUAAAGUGACUACAAUUUUGUUAUGAGAAUGCAACUACUAUAUAAAAAAGAUUGCAAUUUUGUUUCCAUCAUUGUUAUUUUAUCAUUUAUGUUUUGUUGGAAUUUUCACUUUUUAUUUUACAUAUAUAUUUUUAAAUUAUUUUUAUUUUCCUGCUUCUUAUUUUUUGUAACAGUAUCAAAAAUAGAUAUCUCCCUGUUGAAUAGUAAUUCUGUGGAACAAUUUCUUAACUAAAGUGACUACAAUUUUGUUUUGAGAAUGCAACUACUAUAUAAAAAAAGACUGCAAUUUUGUUUCCAUCAUUAUUUUAUGAUGUAUGUUUUGUUGGAAUUUUCACUUUUUAUUUUACAUAUAUUUUUUAAAUAAUUUUUUCCUGCUUCUUAUUUUUUUGUAACAAUAUCAUGUACAUAAUCAUCAACAUAAUCCUAUGGUAAAAUGUGUUAACUGAAAUGACUAUAACAUUAUUAUGAGAAUGCAAAUAAUAUGAAAGAAUUUGGGGAAAUUUUGUUUUUGUUUUCAUUGUUUUUUAAUGAUUCACAUUUUAUUGGAAUUGUGACUUUUUAGUUUAGACUUUGUUGGAACUUUCAUUGUUUAUAUUGAGACUUCCUCUGUUAUUUGACAUGGAAAAAAAGGGAUCAAUAAAGAGAAA